AUGGCAACUACGCAGACAGCAUUUAUUUCGAUAGAAGAGCCCAGAAAUGAUUCACGUCUAUCCAUUCCGAAAAGUCUCCUUACUGGCUUAGACCCUGAGUGGGUAAGUUUAUGGGAAAGACAUGGUAGCUCCAUGGUGCGGGCCGAUGAGCUAUCCCUUGAGGAAUUUCGAAAGGAUCCCGCUGCUUACAGCUUCACAUUUCCAACGUGCCCUGGAUAUCGAUGGAGAAUUCAUACUCACCGUAAUUUAGGGCCGCCUGUCUUUCAUGUUGAGGAUUUGGAAAUUCCCGUUUCGAACCCUGCUGGAAAUAUCAUGAUCAGAGUCUAUACACCAGCUGGACCGGGACCUUUUCCGGUUCAUUUAAAUUUUCAUGGAGGUAUGCAUAACCAUAUUGAAGUUAAAACCACAGUUUUGAACACUAAAAGUCGAUUGUGUAUUACAAAUUCAGGCGGAUGGGUUCUUGGAAAUUUAAAUUCCGAGGCAGCAUGGUGCAGACACAUGUGCAAUAAAGCUCAAAUCAAAAUUGUCGAUGUUGACUACCGCCUCGCCCCCGAGUUUCCCUAUCCGACCAGCAUCUACGACUCAUGGGAUGCUGUGAAAUGGGUAAUUACGAUGCACUAUACACGCUUCGUUCGAUUUGGCUGA